AUGGCGCUUCACCGGGCGAUGAGAUACACGACGCUCGCGUGCGCAAACCUGAAGGCGCGCGAAAACCCCAUCACUCCAGCGGAGGCCGCCACGCUUCAAAACGCUCUGGUGUGGUGCGACGCAACGCCUUUGGUGAAGGAGCAGCCCUCAGAGCUCUACGAGAAGUGCCUUUUCCUCGAGCUGGUUGACGACACCUCUGCUCUUCUCCGCCCCUUAGGAAAGGAUCCUGAACGAAUAGACUCGCAUCAUGCAGUCGACGCGCUCACAGUCCCCUUGGCGCGCGUGUGGCCUGCGAACGAAGGCGUCAACCCUCUGGCGAUUUCCGACAUCGGGAUGCUGGCUCACACCAGCAACGCGUGCGUCCUCGACUUUGUCAAGAGUCGCUACAUGGCGGACAAAGUCUACACACACGCAGGCCCGCUGCUGGUAGCAGUGAAUCCGUUUCGCGACCUGGGUAACACAGAUCGCGCGUGGAUUGAGCGCUACGCGUCAACGGCCGACGCGUCGUCCCUCUGUCCGCACGUCUUCGCGGUGGCGCGCGCGGCGAUCGAGAGUCUGCGAACAGCGAAGAAGAAUCAGUGCAUCGUGGUCUCGGGCGAAUCCGGCGCAGGGAAGACGGAGGCCACCAAGCAGAUGCUCACUUUCGUCGCCACAGCGCCGGGGGCUAGUCAAACCGCCGCCCCAGAAGAGAGAAAGGAAACCUCUUGCAUUCCGAAGGCUUUUCUGGCGGCGAAUCCCGUGCUGGAGGCCUUCGGCAACGCGAAGACUGUCUUGAACGACAACUCGAGCCGAUUCGGUCGCUUCAUGUAUCUUCAGGUCGGCAAGCAGGGCGGCAUUGAGCACGGGUCUGUGCAGAACUUUUUGUUGGAGAAGUCGCGCGUGUUGACUCAGGCCGCGGAGGAGCGCUCAUACCACAUUUUUUAUCAGCUCGUCAGGGGCGCGUCGCCUGCGCUGAGGGAGGAGCUGCAUCUCCUCGACCUCACUUCGUACAAGUUCAUCAACCCUUCGUGCCUCGACAUUCCGCACGUGGACGACGCGGCGGACUUCCAGGAGGUUUUGGCGAGUCUCGAGGCCAUCGGAUUGACCGAGGCGCAAGUGGCGUCGGUCCUCUCGCUCGUCUCCGGCGUUUUGCUGCUGGGGAACGUCGAAUUUGUCUCCGUCGAGUGCGGCGGCGUGCCAGACGCAGCUGCGAUCGCGGACGCGCAGCGACCCCUUUUCGAGACCGCGUGCAAGCUGCUGCACGUGGACGCCGGUCUGGUGGAGGCGCAGCUAACGCAGAAGAAGACCUGCGCGGCGGGGAAGGUAAUUUCGAUUUUCUGGAAGGCGUCGGAAGCGAAGAUGCUCAGUGAGUCUCUCGCGAAAGCUGUCUACGAGAAGCUCUUCGACUGGAUCGUCGUCGCCGCCAACAAAACUGUCCAGCACCCCAGCGGGCGAUUGCCUUCCUUUCUCGGAAUGCUAGACAUCUUCGGGUUCGAGAUGUUCCCCGUGAACUCCCUAGAACAGUUGUUCAUCAAUCUGACUAACGAGCUGCUGCAGAAGAACUUUGUUACCGUCGUUUUUGAAACUGAGAGCAGGAUUUACCAGGCAGAGGGGAUUAUCGUGGACGCUCUCGAGUACAAACAGAACGACGAAGUCAUCGCGGUUCUCUGCGGAAAGAAGUCGGUUUUUGCGCUGCUAGAGGAUCAGUGCCUCGCUCCAGGCGGAAGCGACGAGAAGCUCGCGCGGAGCGUCAACGGCCUGCUGGCACAGAGGCGCGGCGGCGGCACAGGCAAAGGCAAAGACUUCAGCUUCACCGUCUCGCACUCGACGGGCGACGUCACAUACAGAACCGAGAACUUUCUGCUGAAAAACAAAGACGUCCUCCGCGCAGAGCUUGUCGAGGUGCUGCAGCAGUCACCCGACUCAGUGACCAAAGAACUCUUCAAGAAUGUCACCGUGCAGAAGGGCAAGCUGAUGAAGGGGCAACUCAUCGCCUCGCAGUUCCUCAGCCAGCUCGCACAACUCACUGCUGUCAUCAAUGAGGCGGAGUGUCAUUUUGUGCGGUGCGUGAAACCGAACAACUCCAAGCUCGCCCGAGUUUGGGACGCACAGAAAGUGCUCGUUCAACUUCAUACUCUCUCGGUCAUUGAGGCUCUACAGUUUCACAACAUCGGUUUCUCCUACAGGCGGUCGUUCGCGGAGUGCAUCCGGCAGUUCCGGUACAUUCACUUGGGGGCUCUUGAUCGCAUGCAAGCUGAUCCGCGAGGCGCGUGCGAAGCUCUGCUGCGCAGCUCGUCUCUGCCGAGUUCGAUGUGGCGCCUGGGAAAAACCAUGGCGUUUCUGUCCCGCGGAGGCCAGCAGCGCCUGCUGGCUGAGCAGCGCGCGAAACUGGCCGACCACAGACGGCUAGUUCAAGUCGUCGAGGCUUGCGUGAAGCGCCGCAGCGCGCGGAAGACCUUCCUCGCGAGUCUGCGCGGCCUCAUUCGCCUCCAGGCGCACGCGCGACGACAGAUCACGCUGCUUGAUGCGGCACCCGAAAAAGUCCUCAUUCACGGCACAGCUUGA